AACUGGAAGCGCCUAUGUGACCUGGGCUAAGCGGAAGUUGGAUCUCUUUUUCGUGGCGCCUCGGAGGCGGUCGGUCGCUUGAGGAUGAAGUUGAACAUCUCUUUCCCGGCCACUGGCUGCCAAAAACUCAUUGAAGUGGACGAUGAGCGAAAACUUCGUACAUUUUAUGAGAAACGCAUGGCCACAGAAGUUGCUGCUGACGCUCUGGGUGAAGAAUGGAAGGGUUAUGUGGUCCGAAUCAGUGGUGGGAACGACAAACAAGGAUUCCCCAUGAAGCAGGGUGUCUUGACCCAUGGCCGAGUCCGCCUGCUACUCAGUAAGGGGCAUUCCUGUUACAGACCAAGGAGGACUGGAGAAAGAAAGCGCAAAUCAGUUCGGGGUUGCAUUGUGGAUGCCAAUCUAAGUGUUCUCAAUUUGGUCAUCGUAAAAAAAGGGGAGAAGGAUAUUCCUGGACUCACCGAUACCACUGUGCCUCGCCGCCUGGGGCCUAAAAGAGCUAGCAGGAUCCGCAAACUUUUCAAUCUCUCUAAGGAAGACGAUGUCCGUCAGUAUGUAGUGAGAAAGCCCCUAAACAAAGAAGGAAAGAAACCUAGGACCAAAGCACCCAAGAUUCAGCGUCUUGUUACUCCACGUGUUCUGCAACACAAACGUCGCCGUAUUGCUCUGAAGAAACAACGUACUAAGAAAAAUAAGGAAGAGGCUGCAGAAUAUGCUAAACUUUUGGCCAAGAGAAUGAAGGAGGCCAAAGAAAAACGUCAGGAACAGAUUGCCAAGAGACGGAGGCUAUCCUCUCUGAGAGCAUCUACCUCUAAGUCUGAGUCCAGUCAAAAAUGAGAUGUUUUGAGAGUAACCAAUAAAUAACAUCAAAUCUUC